ACGCUGGAACUGCUACCUGACGCGAUCAAAGGCAGGACGACGUCGUCGUUGAUUACGAAACUGCCUCAAUUGAUCGGAUGUGAGGAGUUACAAAAAAGCCAAAGUUGGAAAUCAGGCGCAGCGAAGCAGAGCAAAGCACAUGGCUGGGCCCAAGAGAAUUUGCGUCAUAAAGUCUGUUACUGUACAAGUAAGUCACUUCGGGCAUAAUUUGGCCGGCGAACAUGCACAACUAAAUUGACGCUUGACGUGCAUGCGACCCGCACCGUGUCGAGGGGAAAAGCGCGUCAACACUUCGACUCAGAUACUCAUUAACGACAACGGUGUGAUGAUAUUGGGCAGUCUUCCUGAUGGAGGUCGAAAAUGAAUGGCAUGGACGACAACGAAGACGAGACAGAUCUCUUUGAUGAUGAUUUCGACGGUUUGUCCGAAACCGCUCUUCAGGAAUUAGAACAACAUGCAUUACUCUCUACACAACAACAGAUUCACAUUGGGGCGAAUCCCGCGCAGCCCGCUGUUCGACAGCCGCAACCAUUAAGAUCCGCCGAUUUUGCAGAUGACAGUUUCGAAAUAGUAGGCGACGAAGGAGUGCCUACACCUGCCGAAGAAUAUGAUGCCUACCCGCUUCGCCGAGAGGCAGCAAAGGCUACUCCGCGAGAACAAUUCCGUCAACACAGGUACGGCCAGGCUUAUGAUGGAGUGCAGAAGACACAUAAUACCACGGCGAAUACUAUUCAAGAUGAGGUGAUGUUAGACAUUGGGGAAGAUCGAGACGCAUUUCGAGGUGGGGUCGAUGAGUUGCUGAGAGAGAGGAACAAUCUCACACGAGAGCUGCGAAACGUCAAAGAUGCAGCACUCAUGCAGAAGGGGGAAAUCUCCAUCAUUCGAGCCAAUUUCGACAAGGAAAGCAAAGUUUUUGACCGACAGAUUGGCUCACUGAAAAAGACCAUGGAGGAGGAACAAGCCAGACACACAGCUGUAAUGAAUGCAAUGGUACAGAAAAACAAUAAUCUGACCACGCAAUACAAUUUUCUGCAACAAGAACACCAACAGGGUUUGCAAGAGACGAGAACCCUCAAACAGCGUCUGAAGGAGAGGCCACAGUCUGAAGGGGGUCCUGUUACAACACCCAAGCAUGGUGUGAUGAGUUCGCUGAGGGAUGGCUUCGAGGAUGACGAUGUCAUGGUCGUGUCGCCUUCAAAGUCGAACCGACGAUCGAAACCUCCCACUCCGAGCAAAAGAAAGCGAAAGGCUGAUGGAACAAGUCCUAUCAAGCCACUAGUUUUGCGACCAACAGCUCCCAGUACAUUGGAGAAACCGGCACAAGAAGCACCACAAAUGGAACGAGUGAUUCAAAUAGUCAGGAAGGACAAAAGAGCCGAAAAGAAUCUACGAUUCCUCCAGUCAAUCCUUGACUAUCGUGCUAAGGGACACAAAGAACCACUCUUGGAAUCCUUGGUUCAGUUUUCUCUGCCUUCGAGUCCAAAGACGUUCUCGACUAUCUUGCUUGAAGGUACAGCACACUUGAAGCAGGAUCACUUCUGCGGCGACCUUUCACAGAUAUUCAUCGACCUGUGGUCGAAGUCAAUCAAGGAACAGUAUUACCAACCUAUUUCAUUGCUCGUCGAGGUUGUCAACCAUCUCAUCGACGCCGAUAUGACUGCGGUAGAUGCCGGAAUCGUCACUACAUUGACUCCUCUCCUGCAAUCUACUGUUGCCAUCAAUGCAGAAAAACGGGUUAAGCACUCGCCAGUCAAUCAUUCCACUUUUGGCAAGUUCCGACAAACUCCACAAUCAGUCUUGAACCAUGAAGUCAAGAGUACGCCAUGCCUGGAACUUCUGCUGACAAUGGCAUACAUCAUCUCCGACGACCACGACUUGCUUACCCUUUUCUGGCGCCUCGUCAAUCCCGAAUUUGUCUUGAUGAUGCUGAACGCCUGGCAACCAAUUGCGGACAUUACACUAAUCCUACGCCUCCUGGCAACCAGCACUUUCACACAAACAUUCGGCAGCAUCUGUGUCAAUGACCAACAAGCACAGAUUGAGCAGCACAUCAUGAACCGCAUUUGCUAUCUUCUAUGGGAGACUCCCAAGGUCGAUGAAGGUCUACCACCAAACACAGCCAUCGAAAUUGCUCAAUUUCGCGUGGAGGUGAUGGAUCUUCUAGUCAGAGUGGCCAUUUCAUCCUCGGCCCAUCCUCACGACGACCCAACCCACCACGGCAGCCAACUGAUCGCCAGCCAUCCGAGCGCCAUUGCCCGGAUCGUUCGAAGUCUGUACGACGAAGUUGCAGCCAUGUACGAUCUCACGCCGUCACACGCUCUGCAUGCCGAGAUCGUGAACAAGGGUAUCCAGGUUCUCUUCCGCGUCUUGGAGUUGCACGGUUCGGAGGUAAAUUUGCAGGAGAAAUUGUCGGUCAUCAAUGGUGGAGUGCACAAACAUCGUGUCGUCCUGACGAGGCUGGCUUUCUCCGAAGGCUUUUACAUCGACCGAUUGAUUACCGAUGAUACUGUGGCUAUGGCGACAAGUAUGCUGGAAGAAAGUGUCACACCUGAUGAGGCUGAUGAAUUAAUCGAGGCUUUUCCCGGGUUUAAAGGACGAGGACAUGCUGCAGAUGAUGAAUGACGUUUUAGUCUGGUAGAUGAUUGCAUAGCGACGGCGUUUGGACAUGUUGGACAUAGUGAUUGUCCUUUGAAUGACAC